AUGCCAGCCAUUGACUUUAUUGAUAGUCCAGAGACACUCACCGACGCUCUGGACUCGCUAUGUACUCUUAAUUUGACCCUGCCCUCUCUCUUCAUUGGGAUGCAUGGUAUCAGGGUUUCUCGCAACGGUCGACUGUGUAUACUGGAUAUCUACGUCCCAGCCUUGGAGGCUAUUUUUAUGAUCGACAUCACUGUUCUGGACCACCUUGCAUUCUCAACCUCGUCGUUGCCACCGAAAGCGGGAUCUCGACGAGGACUGACGCUCAAAGACAUCUUCGAGUCUCCCGAAAUUCCCAAGGUCUUUUAUGACGAUAAGGUCAAACUGGACACUGACAUGAACGAAUUCAUUUCGGCAGUUCGUACUUCUGCUGACAACCUGUUCAACGCUUUCGACAUAUCCGUUCAAGGUGUCAUCGACCUCCAAGUGCACGAAUUGGCAGUCCGAGUGGGGUCGAAGAGAUUUCUCAAUCCUCUUGCAUUGUCGAUCAUGAAUGAUAUUCGUCCCUCCGAAGCCGUCCAGCAGCAAUGGACUGAUUGGAUCUCAAGCGGACAGAAAUGUAUCUCCCCAGAACUUGGGGGCAACUUGCGUGCGUGGGAUGAACGACCCCUUCGUCAGGAACUGGUUAACUACUGCAUGGCCGACGUAAUCUACUUGCCACGAUUGUUGCAAGUAUACGAGUCCAAGUUGAGCAAUAAGCCACUUGAGUGGCGCAAAAAGAUUGAACACGAAGUUCAGGCUCGCUUAAAAUUGGCCGAAGAUUUCUCUUUUGACUCUUACGGGAGGCAUAUGGCAAGGGCGCCUGCUGAUUGGCGAUAA